GUCAACCCACGGCAGGGAAGCCUCAUAACGAUAGUAGAACUUGGAGUAUACAGACGGCUGGCCCGUCCGAACAACAAUUUUGUAGAUUUGUUUAUUGUUUAAAUGUAAAUAUCUUGUACACAAAGGAAAAAUGGCACCGAGUCCUGUAGAUGAGCUUGCCCUAUUGGACUUGGAGAGGUCCAACAAGGGAGCCUCAAAGCAGAGGCGUGACCAGAUUAACUCAGAAAUUGGGGUAAUGAGGGACCUUCUGCCCCUGCCCGAGAGUUCACGACAGAGGUUGUCACAACUUCAGGUCAUGUCACUGAGCUGUGUUUUCAUCAGGAAAUGUAAUAUUCUCCAGAAAAUGAUACAACCCCAAUCAUGCCCUAACGAUGCCCCGUGCGAAUUUUCACAGUCACUGACUGGGUUUCUCCUCGUCACAACCAGAGAUGGCAAGCUGGUCUACAUCUCAGAGAACGUUACGGAGUACCUGGGACACUCAAUGGUUGAUAUGAAGACCCAAGGAGACAGUUUAUUUGACAUCGUCGACAAACGUGACCAUGGUACUGUGCAGGCACAGUUGAUGCAUGGAGGAGGAGAUAUUGACAAGAAGCAGCCGAUCAGUUUUUUCUGUCGGAUGAAUAUGUCAAGGACUCUCAAGCGACAAGCUGGCUUUGGUGAUGUCAAGGUGAUGCACGUGCGCGGCCACUUCGUGUCGGUACCAGGGCAGGACUCUGGUAACGAGCAACAAGUGUUCAUCUCGGUGUGCUCGCCCCUGAUAACCCCGGAUGUAAAGGAAACGCUUAUUCAGAACAAUACCAUGGUAUUCAAAAGCAUACACCAUCUGGAUAUGAACUUCCUGGAAAUUUCUCAAAACGGCGAGUAUCACCUUGGCAUUGAGAGUGAUCAAGUUAAGGGAAAAUCCUGGUACUCCUGCCUGCAUCCUGAGGACAUCCAUGAGGCCAGAGAGAAACACAUUCAAUUGGUUAAGUCGAGGCAUGAGAUGGGUUCCAUGAUGACAGUGCGCAUGAUCACCGGUAACAACGACGUCAUCUGGGUCAACAUUGUGAUGCACGUGCGUCAGGCGUUGCUGUCCAAUAGUGACGAACCCGUCAUUUUCUGCAUCAAUCAAGUGAUCAGUGAACAGGAAGCAUACCAAUUCAAGAUUCAGGGGCAGCUCUUUGCUCUUUACGCAACCCGUGCUUCGGACUUCUUCUUUGGUUCUACGUUCUGUGCACCCGUUUCACAAGCCUUGGAGACAGGAAUGAUUUCUCAACAGCAACAGGGAUCACCAAACUUUGCUCAGUCAUCAUUUUUCGCAGGACAAACAAUUUUCGAUGCAUCUACACCUUCACCCCAAGGGUUCAAUCGAUCCGCCAUGUUUUCGUCUCAGCCAAACCUGUGCAUGAGAAACAAUGUACCCGGUCAGGUCAUGGGACGUCAAGGCCAAGGUCACACAAAUACACUGAAGGCAUUGAAGAGAAAGUUACAAGAGAACUUCAGCUCCACUUGUAAACCAAUCAAAGUCGCGAGAAUGGCUCAGGACAUAUCCUCGGGAAACGGCUUCAUGGUUUCUGGAGGAACACCGCUGCCAUCUUCGUUUGAAAGUAACUCAUAUCGCAACAUCCAUGGCUCUUCCGUAGCUCCUCAGCAAGCGGUUACUACUGGACCCGUGCAGAUGAUGUACUGCCUCAACAAUAACGUCCUCCCAGCCACCAAACAGAAGUCGGUUUUGUCCGACCCCUUGCCAGCAUUCGUGGAGCAGACACGGUUGAUGCAAAAAGCUCCAUCACUAGAGCAAGUUGUGCCAGAAUUAUCUAUUCCCGCCUUCUACCCAACGCCUGAACCAUCACCGGUAUCAUCGCCUCAACCACAGAUGAAGCAGGAGAUACUCCCAAGCGGUGUCGACCCGAUUAUGGUGGCCAAACAUCUGUGUGCCCUCCGACAGAAGCACGUUAAUAGGACACAACAAAGCACUAAGGUAUCAAACGCAGAGCCACAAAAGAAACUUUUACCUAGCUUGGACGUGUCGUUUGUGGACUCUUUCUUCGACGAGAUUGGGACCCUGGACGGUCAGCCGCUGUCUAUCAGAGGGUUGCUCCAACGUGUAAAGCAGGAACCAGUCGACGUCACUGACUACACCUGCCUUCACACACAGGAAAAGCAACUCCCUGCAUUUGAACAGUUUGACAUCGAUGAAUUGUUCGAGUCAAGUGGUGUACACUUGAACAACACUUGCAACAACUUCAUCGGAAUGAAGAUGGAAAUAGAGGACCAACGUAUCCCGUUGUGCGAAAGUCAACCCAGUCCUACGCCUUCAUCUCCUCGUUCAACUGUCGAAGAUAAGCUUUCUUACGACGACAUCAUGUCAAGCGUCGUGCUGACACCCGAAUCUGACUUCGAUACUGAUCAUUGUGAGGAUCUGGACCCCGAUUCCUGGAUGCUGGAGACGUGUAAUAUUGAUAUGUCUACCAAAGGUCUCGACUUGUUUGCCGAACCAAAGCUCCAAACCGACUUUUGUCUGAAAAAGGCUGGCCCUUGCUCAGAUGAAACCGAGUUGUAUCAACUCAAACAACUUAUCUCUUCAUGGACACCAAGUGGUGUCUCUGAAUCAAGUGAAGAAUCCCAGUAGGCCGACGUGUAAGUUCCGACUUACGAUUUAUCCAUUGUAUGGCAUAUUGCCAUUGGACGUACCUUCGCUCCACUGCUGGACGGAUGGACAAUGGGCGUCUUCAAAACUCCCGCUGGACGGGAGAAACUUUUUCUACAUUGUUUAGAAAUUUAAUUUAAUUUUAUUCAUGAACAAUUUUAUAUCAAAUCAAAUGUGCUUUAUCUAUACCGAUUCCCAAGCUCCGCUGGCCGGACUUUGUUUUGGAUUAAAAGCAUCGGAUCUGGAGGUACUUCCUGUUCCGAUGUGUAUGGCGUCUCACUGGUUGGGACUCAUACGUAUCCAUACUUGUAAAUAUAUUUUCGGACUUUGAAAUGAACUUUUUGACGCUAAAUAUAGAUAUGUUAUGAAUUAUAGAUGUUCUAUAUUUUCAUCCAUGUUGAUGGUUAGUUAUAGCAACAUGAAUAUAUAUCGUGUUGAGCAGCGCCUUUGAAACAUAUGCUAUUGAUAACGUGUUCCUCUCUUAUCUAGUACCUUGUCAGUAGAUAGUACUAUGAUUUGUACUUUGAAUUGUUGUAUGUCCAUUUUCCAUUGACACACCACACGUGACUUGCUGGUCGAGUACGUAAUCACCCUUUAUCUAACGAUAGGAAAACUGUUCUCGGAAUGAGGGAAGAAAGUAGGCUGGAUCUCGUUGACCGAGAAUGCAUCCUUCAUUAUUUAAGCUGUUUUUUUUAUAAACACACAAUUUCAUUAUUCUAUACUUAUCUUCCAAUACACACCGUCAACACUUUUUCUCUGGUCAGUGCGAUCAAAACGAGGCUGGUCCUCAAGUAUUUUCAUUCAUCAUUUUUCACGAGGCUGGACCUCAUAUUCAUCAAUAAUUUACAUAAUAAUGAAAUUGUUGUGCAUCUUAUUUGUCUAGCCCUUGUCGCUUAUGAGCUUCAAAAUGAACGUCACAGGGGGAGGGAGAAAUAUGGGAGAUUAAUGCUCUUGCAAAUUUCUAUGCAAGAUUGAAAGACAGAUAAUUAUUUUAUAACUUGAAGGCAGCAAUGUCACGUCGUUAACCAUGUGGCUUUUCAAGUGACUGUUGAGUAUAGGUAAAUAUGACUGACGUACAGUUGGGCGGGACUAACUAACAGUACAGGUAAAUGUACUAUAUCGUUGCUCCUAACUGAUACCUAUGUCGGGUUUAGUGAGAAACGCAAAGUAGACGUUCAUUUCCUAACCGUUGUUAAAUUUCAUACAAUUUUUACCUUGUUAUUACAAAACGUGAACUUGUUGUCAUGACAGUAGAUCCUCACCCGCUGGUCGGUAGAUAGGUAUUGUCAUAACAACGAUUUUGCAACCAUGGUAACCAAUGAGAGGUUAUACUUGUGUGACUAAGCUUCUCAGUUGUGUUAUUAUAAUAAACGAAGAAAACAAUG